GCAGUGGCUGAGGAGACGCUUGUCCGGGAGGAGAUGAUCCUUGUGAAAAUGUUGAGUGAACUGCCCCUCCUCAAGACUGAGCUGAGCCGUGCGACCAGUGACACGGACCUCUACUACGCCAGGAACAACAUUGAUCGUCUUCGUCGUAAAGUAAUUGAAGCCGAGCGAAUUAAGCAAGACCUGGAUCAGGAACUAAACCAACUCGAUGAGAAGCAAGAGUACGAUUCGACACAGAAAGAGAUGUGGUCGAACCUUUCCAAAUUCCUUAAUGUGAAAGUCUCCGUUCUGAAGGAAAAACGCGAAGAAAGGUUGCAUUUGAGUGACGUUUCGAAUUUAUCUGGAAGGCAAUAUUUCGAAGCUCAAGACUUGUACGCAACGGGCUCAGGGACAAGAUGAUUCCUGUACUGAAUGACUUUUUAUUAAUUUGUUAAAACUCCAUAAUGUUUAUUUGUACUAUACAUUAUUAUAAACAUGAAUCAAAUAAGAUUAAUCAACUUAAACUAGAUAAACUUAAAAUCAACUUGUGUCUGCUCAACUAAACAAUCAAAUACUCAUAAAUAUAGAGCACUAGAAUUUUUAUAGUGCAUAGUACACAGAAUCGUAUAUCAAUCAGGCAGGAAAACUUCUGUGUAUGUAUCUGCCUAUGUUUUUACUGCUUGACUACUGCCUUCGUAGUCAGCGUCAGUCUCCACUUCUGGGUCAGCUCAGCUUCUAUCAACCCUUGUUCCACGACAUUUUCUCGGAGUUGGUUUAUUUUUUUAAAAAAACUUGGUUUAAAUAAACGUGUCUGAAUAUUUACUAUUUUCAAGUUCUCGACAUUAAUCACUUGUGUGUUCCCAACUAACUAUAGAGUUUUCUUCUACUUGUGUGAUCAGAUCAGAAAUCUAAUAUAAUUUUACAUAUUUAAUUGUCCACCGCCACGCUCUACAGACUAUGAAAUUCGUGAGAAAUUCCGCAAUGCCUCCGUUUCCAACUUCUGCUCUACGAUCACCAUUGCCAAUCGAUUAUGGCCCAGAGGACGAGGACGAACACGGUCACCUACGGCUGAAACCCUCGUCAGUGCUUUGCAAUCGUUGUAUGUAUCUUUUUUUCGAAAAACUGAAUUUAAAAUUGGACAUAUAUUCGUG